AUGGUUUCCGAUACCCUAAGGGUACUGGAUCGUAUUUGUGAUGUUUGUUCAAAGCCAGUCACUGAUAAGGAUGUAUGCAGAACGUUAAUAGUGAAAGCCUUAAAAACUACUGGAGAAGUGAAUAUGAUUAUUGAACGGCCAGUUGAACCGGAGGCUAUUAAUGCGAUGGAGAACGCUCUGAAUGCAUCUAGACUACAAGAGCCAUCAGUGGCAAUGGCACCUGAUGUGAAAGAUAUCCUAAAACGGUACACGGAUAAACUGGCACAGGGACAUGGACAGAUGCCUGCUCGAAAAGCCUUAUCUGAUUCCAAAAAAGAGCACAGACAGGACGCUCAACGUGUAAAUAUUGACGCUGGUGGCGGUAAAUCACAUAUUUCCUUGAUUAUCGGAAGCGAUAUGACGAAAAGUCAACAGGAUCAGUUACUCGUAAGUGUAAUGAAGUAUGUAAGGCAGUGGUAG